AAAAGCUUUGCGCAUAGCAUUGAUCGCUUUUGCACGUUUCUGGACGCGUCACGAGCCACAGCACUCUAACCCUCAAGCGUGCACGCAGUACAGCGCUAACGCAGUCGCCGCGAGGGCAUCAAAACCAUGGCCGCAGUCCUGAGCCAAAAGGCCGCAGCCAAAGCCGAGCUACGGGGCAAAGCGGCAGAAAUGUACGCGAAGGAGGCCGACGCCCUCGCCAGCAACGGCGAGAACGAGGCGGCGGCGAGGAUGUACGAGCGGGCCGCAAAUGCUAUACAAGCGGACGCGAGCCCGACGAUUGAUUUGUUCGUGCCCGGGCGCCUCUGUUUGUUUGGCGAGCACUCGGACUGGGCCGGCGGCUUCCGGAGAUUUAACAGAGAGAUCGUGCCUGGUAAAACUCUGGUCCUCGGGACGCCGCAGGGCCUCGCGGCGCGUGUUAAAAUAUGCGACGAAUUGGUCGUGACGGCGACGAACAAUGCGGGGGAGAAAAUCGGGCCCUGGCGCUGCGCCAUGGACCGCGAGGAGCUGAGGCUGGCCGCGGAAGGCGACAGUUUUUUUUCGUACGUGGCUGGCGUCGCGCUGGUCGUGCUGACGAACCAUAGGGUGAGGGGUGUCGAGAUUGACCAGCACACCUCCACCCUACCCCUCAAGAAGGGCCUGUCCUCGUCGGCGGCGAUCUGCGUGUUAACGGCAAGGGCCUUUUCCGAGUGUUAUGGGUUGAAGCUCACGACAAGGGGCGAGAUGGAGUACGCCUACCUCGGCGAGGUCGCCACCGGGAGUUGUUGUGGCCGCAUGGACCAGGCCUGCGCCUUUGGGUCUAGGCCCACUUUACUGACCCACGACGGCGACCACCUCGAAGCUGAGCCCAUUGCCUUGCCGAAGACGCCUCUGCGUCUAUUGGUCGUGGACCUGGGCUGCGACAAGGACACGCCGUUGAUGCUGAAGAGCCUGCAGCGGUCCUUUCCUCAUUGUGAGGAUGACCGUGGGCGGUGCGUCCAUGCUUGGUUAGGUGAAGAGAACCAGAGACGCGUCGCGGAGGCGGUCAAGGCCGUGCGCGCGGGCGACGCCGAAACAUUGGGGGCGCUGAUGACGGCGGCGCAAAAAGAUUUUGAUCGGAGCGCGAUUCCCGAGUGCCCGUCUCAAUUCGCGGCGCCGACGCUGCAUGCCGUUUUGGGGGACGAGAAGUUGGCUGAGUUGUGCUGGGGCGGCAAGGGCAUCGGCUGCGGCGGCGAGGGCUCCGCGCAGCUCGUUUGUAGAUCAAAAGAGGCGCGCGACCGCGCGGCGUCGUACGUGAGGGACGAGCUCGGGAUGUGGUGCUGUUGCGUGGACGUCGGGGGUUCGUAA